UUCCAGACGGAGAGCAACCACGAGACUUGCUGGGACCGUUGCUGAACCACGCUGCACAAGAUGACAGCAAGAGACGGGCCCCAAGAUAGGUACAAAGGUGUGUGGCUGAUCUUCUUCAUCCUCGGGCUGGGAACAUUGCUGCCAUGGAAUUUCUUCAUGACUGCCAGGAAGUAUUUCAUCGACCGCCUGGCAGACCCAAAGAAUGAGAACUGCUUCUCGAAUGAGACUGCUAGGACCACCUUACCCUGCUCCUACCUGCAGUCCAUGUUUGACAACUUCAUGACUCUCUGUGCCAUGGUGCCACUCCUCAUCUUCACCUGCCUCAACUCUUUCAUCCACCAGCGGAUUUCCCAGCAGAUCCGCAUCUUGGGCAGCUUGGUGGCCAUUGGGCUGGUGUUCCUAAUCACCACAAUCAUGGUGAAAGUCACCAUGGAGCCUCUUCCCUUCUUUGUCUUCACCAUGAUCAGCAUUGUCUUCAUCAACUCCUUUGGUGCCAUCCUCCAGAGCAGCCUCUUCGGACUGGCAGGGCUCCUGCCUGCCAGCUACACGGCUCCCAUCAUGAGCGGGCAGGGCAUGGCAGGAACCUUUGCUGCUUUGGCGAUGAUCUUCAGUAUUGCCAUUGGUGCUCAGCAGCCAGAGAGCUACAUUGGUUACUUCACCACAGCGUGCGCGGUGGUCGUGCUGGCAAUCUCCUCCUACAUCAUCUUGCCUCGCUUGGAUUUCUUCCGCUACUACUCCAUGAAGGAUAAGACAGAGUACAGUGUGUACCACGCAGAGCUGGAGACCAAGAGAGACCUGAUUAAGAAAGAUGAGCCCAAUGGGAUGGAGCAGAAUAACUCAAAGAUCAUCCCUAUCCACAACCCUGAUGAAAAGCCUUCAGUCUUCUCCAUUUUUAAGAAGCUCUGGGUCAUGGCCCUGUCCGUCUGCUUUGUCUUCACUGUCACCAUCGGAGUCUUUCCUGCCAUCACAGCUAAGGUGUCAACCGAACUUGGGGAGGGAAACAAAUGGGAACAUUACUUCAUCCCAGUCUCCUGUUUCCUGGUGUUUAAUGUCUUUGACUGGACAGGACGGAGUCUCACAGCCCUGUUCACAUGGCCUGGGAAGGACAGCUACCUCCUGCCAGUGAUGGUGGCCCUACGUGUCAUCUUUGUACCCCUUUUCAUGCUGUGCAACGUGAAAUCCCGCAAAUACCUGCCCAUUAUCUUCUCUCACGAUGCCUGGUACAUCGUCUUCAUGAUCUUCUUCUCCAUCUCCAACGGAUACCUGGCCAGCCUUUGUAUGUGCUUCGGGCCCAAGAAAGUGCUCGCUCACGAAGCAGAAACAGCUGGAGCAGUCAUGGCCUUUUUCCUCACACUGGGCUUGGCGCUAGGAGCUGCCAUCUCCUUCCUACUUGGAAUUCUCAUCUAGCAGAGGCAUCCAGAGGCCGCACGGACACAGAGAGACAGCUCCACAUCCUCCUCCGAGGCCCUGGGCAC